AUGACGAAGAACAAGUCGACACAUGUGAAGAAGGACCAAACGCCUCCAAGACAACCGCCUCCACCACCACACCAGAAAGUGAUCAACUUUAUAGCCGGAGGAUCAGAGGUGUCGGGCACAACAUACUCUCAAGCAAAACGCGCAGCAAGGGAAGCUGUCGUGAGGGUGUCAAAGGCAGACGUCUUGGACUACAGCAUUACGACACUGACUUUCAACGAGUCCGACAGAGAACAUGUCUCCGAACCACAGCAUGACGGCCUUGUAAUCUCCUUACCAGUGGGAAAUUGUUUUAUAAAACGCAUCCUAGUUGACAACGGAAGCGCGGCAAACAUCAUGAUGUUAAGUACACUACAACAAAUGGGGCUAGCUGAAACCGACAUGAUCAAGAAGACGACAACCCUAGUUGGCUUUAGCGGAGAAAGGAAGAGGACUGUUGGGGAAAUCACCUUGCCGACAUAUGUCAAAGGACUAAACUUGUUAACGAGGUUCGUGAUCAUUGAUGGAGAUCCUACAUACAACAUCAUUAUGGGGAGACCGUGGAUCCACGACUUGAAAGCAGUGCCGUCUACAUAUCAUCAGGUCCUCAAAUUCCUGACGCCAUGGGGAGCACAGGAAAUCGCGGGUGACCAAUGCGUCGCCAGAGAUUGCUACAAAGCAAGCAUGAAGCCAACAGUUCAACACGAGGCCGUGGAGACACCUCAGGACUCCAUGACAGGCCCCGAGAAAUUGGCAGAGGUGGACCUGACAGGCGGCGACAAGAAAGUCCUGAUUGGCGAGGACCUGACAAGUACGAUGGAAGCGAACCUGGUGGAAUUCUUGACGACCAGGCUGGACGCCUUUGCUUGGGGGCAUGAAGACGUUACGGGCAUUAGCCCUGAAAUCAUUACACACAAGCUGAAUGUCGACCCAUCCUUUACACCCGUCCAACAGAAGAGAAGAAAGUUCGCUGCUGAAAGGAACAAAAUUAUCAACGAGGAGGUGAACCGACUGUUAAAGGCCGGAAUGAUCAAGGAAGUCGAUUACCCGGAAUGGCUUGCCAAUGUCGUUAUUGUUCAAAAGAAAAACGAGAAGUGGAGAGUUUGCGUCGACUACACCGACUUAAACAAGGUGUGUCCCAAAGAUCCUUACCCCUUACCCCACAUUGACACAAUGGUUGACUCAACGGCAGGACAUGAGCUAUUGACGUUUCUCGACGCUUCGAGUGGGUUCAAUCAGAUUCAGAUGGAGCCAUCAGAUGCAGAAAAAACAGCGUUCAUCACUGACCGGGGGAUAUACUGCUACUUGGCGAUGCCGUUUGGACUAAGAAAUGCGGGGGCGACAUUCCAGCGUCUCGUCAAUAAGAUGUUCAAGGAACAAAUCGGUCGGACAAUGGAGGUGUACAUUGACGACAUGGUGGUAAAAUCUGUGAAUGCCAAGAAUCAUAUCAGGGAUCUCGAGGAGGUGUUCGAUAUACUGAGACAAUUCAACAUGAAGCUUAACCCAUCAAAGUGCAACUUUGCUGUAUCAUCGGGGAAAUUUUCGGGCCAUAUGGUGACAAGGAGAGGUAUCGAGGCGAGCCCAGAACAGAUAAGAGCAAUUUUUGAGCUAACUAGCCCUUCCAAUAUCAAAGAGGUACAGAAGUUGACGGGAAGAGUGGCGGCCCUCAACAGAUUCAUUUCACGUUCAUCGGAUAGAUGUCGAUUGUUUUACGACGUCCUACGAAAGAAUGAAGGAUUCCAGUGGUCAGAAAGCCAUGAGGCAGCAUUGGACGACCUGAAGAAGUACCUGUCGACGCCUCCCCUAUUGUCAAAACCACUAGAAGGCGAGGAACUGUAUAUCUACCUCUCUGUCACGGACCAUGCUGUCAGCGCCGUCCUUGUCAAGGCAGUCGAGAACACCCAAGCUCCCGUAUACUACGUAAGCAAGAGCUUAAUUGACGCGGAAAAAAGGUACACACUACUCGAAAAAUUAGUUCUUGCAUUAGCCAUGGCGUCCACUAAGUUACGACAUUAUUUCGAGUCACACAAAAUACAUGUCAUGACGAACUUUCCCUUACGAAUGGUUCUCAGCAAACCAGAAUUAACAGGAAGGAUGGCGAAAUGGGCUAUACGACUCAGUACAUACGACAUCGUUUAUGACGCGAGGACAGCCAUCAAAUCCCAAGCUUUAGCAGACUUUGUGGCGGACUUCAGCCCAAGCCAAUCACAACAAGCUGAGGCAGAAUACAGGCGGGUCAUGACGAAAACAGAAGUUCAACCUUGGGCGUUGUACACUGACGGAGCAUCGAAUGUAAAUGGGACAGGAAUAGGGCUUGUCCUCAAGUCGCCACAGGGGGAUUCAGUAGCGUAUUCUGUGUGUUGUGAAUUCAAGGCCACUAACAACGAGGCGGAAUAUGAAGCAUUGAUUGUGGGGCUGGCUACAGCGCAAAAGAUGCUGAUAAAAAACAUCAAUGUCUUCUGUGACUCCCUCCUGAUCGUUAAUCACGUCAAAGGUGACUACGAAGCCAAAGACAGUAAGAUGAUGCACUACCUUGAUAUAGUUAAGGGCUUGAAAGUAAAAUUUGACACCUUUAGCAUCCAACAAAUCCCCAGAGAAUCAAACACACAAGCGGAUGCGCUAGCAGGCCUAGGCGCCGUCCUCAAAGAUCUUAGUAUGACGACUAUACCUGUGAUGCAUCUUCUGAAACCAGCAACAUUACUCCCGGAAUCAGCUGAAGCUCAGAUCUUCGAUAUUCAAGAAAAAAAUGACACGGAAGACGGAUGGAUACAGACGUAUAAAAACUACUUGUUACACGGAAUUCUACCUGACAACCGAAAUGAUGCGAGAAUGUUAAGAAUGAAGGCCUCACGGUUCACAGUCAUUGACGACGUCUUAUUUAAGAAAUCGGCGACGGGGACGCUGCAGAGGUGUCUUAGCAAGAGAGAAGCAUCCUUAGUUAUACAGGAUAUCCACGAGGGAGAAUGUGGCAACCACACAGCCGCAAGGAACUUAUCAUUGAAAGCAUUACACAUGGGCUACUACUGGCCGACUCUACGUCAAGACGCCAUUGAGUUUGUAAAGAAGUGUGAUGCGUGUCAACGCCACGCCCCUAUAACGCAUCAGCCAUCAGAAUUUCUGCAUGCAACACUUCCGUCAUGGCCUUUCAUGAAAUGGGGGAUGGAUAUUGUCGGGAAAAUGCCCACGGCACCCGGACAGAAGGUGUUCAUGUUGGCAAUGACAGAUUACUUCUCAAAAUGGAUUGAAGCAGAAGCAUUCAGACAAGUGACGUCCAAGGAGGUAAUCUCAUUCAUCAAAAGAAAUAUACUGUGUAAGUUCGGGGUCCCAUCCGAGAUCGUCUGUGACAACGGUUCACAAUUCAUAAGCGACAAAACUGAGGCUUUUUGUAAAAAGUACAACAUCAAUCUGCUCAAAUCUACUCCGAGUUACCCACAAGCGAACGGUCAAGCAGAAUCCAGUAACAAAAUCAUCAUCAAUAACCUCAAAAAGAGGCUGACGACAUGCAAGGGGCGAUGGGCUGAAGAAUUACCGUGGGUACUAUGGUCUGAUAGAACGACCCCUAAGGUAUCUACGGGACAAACCCCAUAUAGCUUGGUCUAUGGGACGGAGGCCGUGCUACCUACGGAAGUUGUCACUCCCACGGCAAGAUAUGGUUUGCAGACGUAUGACACGAAUAAGGAAGCACUGGCGCAAGACGUUGACACCGUAGAUGAGCUGAGGGAGACGGCAAAAGUGCAUAUGGAAGCAUAUCAGCAGAGGGUGGCCAAUAUAUACCAUAAACAUGUGCGUAUCAAGACGUUCACUGUUGGUGACAUGGUCUUGAGAAAAGUAUUUCAGAACACACUGGACACAGCCGCGGGGAAGUUCGCCGACAAUUGGGAAGGUCCUUAUUUCAUUGAUGCAGUUGUAGGGCGUGGGGCUUACCAGCUGUCGACCCUGGAUGGAGCCCAAGUGCCAAGGAGUUGGAAUGCAAGCCACCUCAAAAAAUACCAUGUGUGA